AUGUCAGAAACAAGUGGAGCUCUGGGCCAUAUGAUCAUUCAAGAAGGAAAUGUUGUCAAGGUAAGAGGAUUUUCUUUUGUUUCGUUUUGGUUUUAGUGUUAGCGUCAACCAGAAACAAUAAAAAUAUACGAUAUUACACUUGCCAUUUGCAGGCGGAUGGAGAACUCGCUAAUGCCGAACGUCUGGCCUCUCUGAUUCAACGGAUUGCCCUUGUUGGCGGUGGCUCCGAACUCCUCAAAGACAGUGCUGGCUUCGAAUCCUUGACCCUCGCUUUCCCCACCUACCAAUUGGUCAUAACAAGGAAUGGUCAGCAAAUUGUGGUUGUCAAAAGACCUCCAGAGCCCGGAACCGAAGACAUUUUAGGUACAAAUUCGUCGCUUUGA